UUUGAGAAAAUCAACAGCGUCGUCGAUGGUCAAUCCAAUACGGGCUUGGAAUACGCUCUUGCGGAUGUAAAUCUUUGCUUUGAAUGCAGAGUAGCCAGCUGGAAUGAGUUCUGACAAUUUGUACACUGUCAAGAUUGAGCCUCUCACCAGCGGGCCCGAGGUGGUGGUGAUGGAUUCAGAGCCCACCAUGAGGCGGCUGGACCACCUCCCCAGGGAGGAUGAGCAGAAGAUGAGGUCCCACUAUCUCCUGGCGGGGGGACAGGAUGCCUCGUCCGCCACAGCAGGCGCACCAUGUGGGACAGUGCAGUUGAGAAACACUGUCGGCCAGCCGCAGAUGGUUGACAACUCUUACGCCAAUGGCAUGCAAGCCCAGACUCAGCUGAUGGAGAGGGUGAAGAACCUAGAGGCGGAGUUAUCUCGGGCGAAACAGGAGAUCGCUCAGUUGAAGGGGCUCAACACCAUACUCCAAGAAGGUAUUCCCGAUGUCAUCCGUAAGACGCUUCGUGAUGAGUUGCGCAAGCCCCGAUGGUCAGUCUUGAAUCAGCAGGACCAGACAACCCACCAAAGUUCCACCACCUCCAAUAAGACAAGAACGGGAAGCAGUAACUCCCAGAAGCGCCACAAGCCCAGCCCCAUGCAGCGGGCAGUGCUGAAGGCCCGUGACACCCCGGCCAAAAUGACAAAGAAGCUCCUGACAUCAUUCUUUGACCGGGAGACCCUGGCCACCAGCACCCUGACAGGCAAAGGGGACAAAGUCACCUCGACCUUCGGCAUCAGCGAGUGCUCAGUCCGCAAUGUCAUCUCACAGAAGUGCAAGGAGGAGAUGAUGAUCAGGCGCCGACGCUUGGGCAUGGACGCAAAGUCAUCAGGAACAAACACGUCCACCGGCUGA